UUUUACCGACGCGGAAUUCGAAGUUUGGCUUCCAUGCUAGCAUCGCCUUAAUUGAAAUGUAUCGAGGAAGGUGUGAAACAAGAGGAUCAUGCAAGCUUUCUUAAAGACAGGAAAAUUAGGUACCGAAGCGCCUAAAAAGCCUUCGACUUCACGAACAAAAGAGAAACGUAGUGGGCCUCCACCACCAUGGGUAGAGAAAUACCGACCAAAAACUGUGGAGGAUGUUGUUGAACAAGGAGAAGUAGUGGAAGUAUUGCGUCAAUGCUUAAGUGGUAGUGACUUCCCAAAUUUAUUAUUCUAUGGUCCACCUGGAACUGGCAAAACAAGUACUAUAUUAGCAGCAGCUAGGCAAUUGUUUGGUAGUCUUUACAAAGAAAGAAUAUUAGAAUUAAAUGCUUCUGAUGAAAGAGGUAUCCAGGUUGUGAGAGAUAAGAUUAAGUCUUUUGCACAGCUUACAGCUGGUGGCAUGAGGGAUGAUGGAAAACGUUGCCCUCCUUUCAAAAUUAUUAUCUUGGAUGAAGCGGACAGUAUGACUGCUGCCGCACAAGCAGCGCUUCGUCGUACUAUGGAAAAGGAGUCCCACAGUACCCGUUUCUGUUUAAUUUGUAAUUAUGUAUCAAGAAUUAUACAACCACUCACUUCGCGUUGUACGAAAUUCAGAUUCAAACCACUGGGGGAGGAAAAGAUUGUUGAGAGAUUAGAGUAUAUAUGCAAAGAAGAAGGUUUAAAAACAGACAAACCUGUUUUAUUAAAAAUUGUUGAAGCCUCAGGUGGAGAUUUGAGACGUGCUAUCACUUGUCUACAGUCUAUUACAAAAUUGAAGGGCAAAGAUAUUGAGAUUACUGUUGAUGAUAUUGUUGAAAUUAUUGGGAUUGUCCCUGACAAGUGGAUUGAUGAAUUGUUGGAAGUAUGUAAAACAAAAGAUUAUAGUAAGGCUGAGGCAUUUAUUGAUGAAUUUAUGUUAGAAGCAUAUGCUGCAUCUCAAGUGAUUGAACAGCUUAGCGAUAGGAUCAUAUAUUCCAAUGAGUUUACAGAUAAACAGAAAGCUUUAAUUGCAGAUAGACUAGGGGAAUGUAAUUACAGACUGCUAGAUGGUGGAAGUGAAUACAUACAGCUUAUAAAUCUUUGUUGCGGUAUUAUAAAAGCAUAUGAAUUAGAAUAGAGUGUAUCAGAGACAUGAUCUUUUCAAACAUUUUUCUAUGCCAAUAAA